AUGUCCACGCUUCCUUACCAGGUGAUGGAUCUUCGAGACGCAACAUGCGAGGCCCUGUGCCAGUGCUCCAAACUUCUGGAAGAUUCGGAUGAUCCCUGGCUCGUUGUCGAAGUUUUUGAAAAGCUCCGUGAGUGGCUGCGCAGGGACUUCGUUCACGUGCAGAAAUUGCUGGACCCACUUCUCGAGGUACGUGCAUUGCAAGCCCUGCGGCGUUUUGGGACUCAAAACCUGGAGGUUGCCAGGCUGGGGCUUGGCGUAAUUGCCGGUUUCUGCCAGAGAAACGACAAUAACACGGAAUUCAUGGUGACAGCCGGAUUUGUCGAGGAAUUGGUCAAGCUAAUGGAUCUGCACAGAGAAGACGGAACAGUGCAGGACAACGCAUGCGUGGCUGUCUGGAGGCUGGCCGAGCGACACUCGCAUGGCGCAGAAAGGGUGGUAGAGACCGACGGAUUGCGGAGGGUGCUCACUGCAAUGAAGGACCAUCGCCGCAACUCCUUCGUGCAAGUCAAUGCCCUUCUCGCGCUUGAGAAGCUUGGUCUUAAAGGGGUGGUUCCGAGAGAUGGAUUUCAUCAUGCGGCCCACGAGGCAAUGAAAUUCCAUCCUCGCAAUCUGCAGGUCAGGCGUGCUGCCCUUCGCGUCAAGAACCUGGAGCCGCGCCGUGUCGAGCACGAGAGUGAGAUGAUUCCCUCGAGCUGUUCCUUGCCAAUGAAGGCGGACGCUUUGAGCCGCUGGCUUUUGAGCAUGGACUCGUACGGGUUCUUGAUGGAAUAUCAUGCUCGCCUUCGCCAAUACCAGACCCCCGCUGAGGUUGCAGGGAAGUACAUCAGGAACGGAAGACUUCUGAACAGCUUGUUCGUCGACCUGGGUGUGAGGAAACUCGGGCACCGCAGGCUCUUCGAGCGGUGGUGUCGAGACUGGGUUGGAUCGCUUGCAAGUUCAGAUUCGCGCACAACGCCUGAAAACGGCAUGGGCUAA